ACCUUUAACUGCCCAAAAGAUUCUCCAGCUAGCUUUCUCAAAUCAUUUUUCUUUCUUCAUCACCUUCUUGUGUCUCUCUUUCUCUCUAAAUAAGCAUCCCAUCUCUUUUUCUCUUUCAAGAAAAUCUCUGAGUUCUUUCUCUUUUACUUUUGUUCCAAUCUUUAAACUAAAAAAACAAAAGAGACAGAUAUAGAUACACACAUAUCUAUAUAGAUACAGUACUGUUUUAUAGUCAUGGCGGUUGUUGUUGAAGAAGGCGUGGUGUUGAAUCAUGGAGGUGAAGAGCUUGUGGAUUUACCACCUGGAUUCAGGUUUCAUCCAACAGACGAGGAGAUCAUAACAUUCUACCUCAAAGAAAAGGUUUUAGACAGCCGAUUCACGGCUGUGGCCAUGGGUGAAGCAGAUCUCAACAAGUGUGAGCCCUGGGAUUUGCCGAAGAGAGCAAAGAUGGGGGAGAAAGAGUUUUACUUCUUCUGUCAAAGGGACAGGAAGUACCCGACCGGGAUGAGGACGAACCGUGCGACCGAGUCCGGGUAUUGGAAAGCGACCGGGAAGGAUAAGGAGAUCUUCAAAGGCAAAGGUUGUCUCGUUGGGAUGAAGAAAACACUUGUGUUUUAUAGAGGAAGAGCUCCACGAGGUGAAAAGACUAAUUGGGUCAUGCAUGAAUAUCGUCUUGAUGGCAAAUAUUCUCAUCACAAUCUCCCCAAAUCCGCAAGGGACGAGUGGGUCGUGUGUAGGGUUUUUCACAAGAACAAUCCUUCCACUACAACCCCACAAAUGACAAGAAUGCCCAUUGAAAAUCUCACAAGAAUGGAUUCUCUAGAGAACAUUGAUCAUCUCCUAGACUUCUCAUCUCUUCCUUCUCUCAUGGAUCCGAGUUUCAUGGGUCAACACGACCAACACAACUUCAAACCUAUCAACCCUCCUACCUAUAACAUCUCGUCACCAAUCCAACCCCAUCACUUCAACUGUAAUUACCAAUCAAUAUUUAACCACCAGGGUUAUGGUUCUGCUUCUGGUUCCGGUUCUACAUACAACAACAAUAAGGAGAUGAUAAAGAUGGAGCCGUCGCUUGUUAGUGUAUCUCAAGAAACCUGUCUGAGCUCAGAUGUGAACGCUACCACGACCAUUGAGGUAUCUUCGGGUCCGGUAAUGAAGCAAGAGAUGAGUAUGACGGGAAUGGUGAAUGGUAGCAAGUCAUAUGAAGAUUUAUGUGACCUGAGGGGGGUCUUAUGGGACUACUGAUUCAUUUUAGUUAUGGUUAUUUUAUUAUUUAAGUGUGAUGAAAGAGUAUAUUUGUUGGUUUUAAGUCAUGUAAUUAAUACAUAUACAUAUAGGAUUUACUAGGGGGAUUAAUCCUAGUUAUUUUGCUUCAGUGAUCUUUAUUUAGUUGAUUGUUUAAUUAGUUUAA